GGGACACUCUUGACUACUUUAUUGUUAAUGGGUAAAAGCAAGUCUUAACCCUAAGCCACAGCAAUUUAACUUUUUGACGCUGCACGCAAUGCAAAGCCACAAAACACAGCAAUUUCAUCGAAGGAAACAAAUCAAAUUCACUCUCUGCCUCCCCACAACUCCUCCCACAGAUGCAGGCGUAUCGCGAUAACUUCAAGCAAACGCCCUGCCCAUCGGCCGUCGACCUUCAGACGGCGGCAUCGGUACCACCAUCCGCACCCACCGCUUCGCGCCUGCCCUUCUCGCGUGGCCAACGUGGGCGUGACCCAUCGGCCAGUGCCGCCUCUGUUGCCGGUUCCGGCGUCCUCACGCCCAGGAUGAUGAGUCCGGGUCCACCGGGUGGCGGUGGGGGAGGAGCAGGAGUAGGUAGUGGCGAUCCCUCGGCCCUGCUGCGUCAGAACCAGGAGCUGCGCCAACGGCUUGCGGAUGAGUCGCAUAGCUACCGUCGACGCCUGGACACCUACAAGCAGGCACAGCAUAAUCAGGCGAAUCUGGUCAGCCGGCUGCAGUCGAAGAUCCAGCAGUAUCGCCAGCGAUGCAGCGACCUGGAGGAGCGCAUGCACGAGACCAUCAAACCAACAGCCGGAACGGGACCUAAGCUGACCACGGGUCCCACCACCAGUCAGGUUCUAUGCUCCACAUCCCUGACUCUAGGUCAGAGCAGUUUGCCCUGUAGCUCAUCGCUCGACUCACCGCCGCCCAGCUGCAGCCGAGACUAUGUCCACGAUGAUGUCCUUGCCACCGGUGGGGGUGGCGGUACUGCUGACCUGUGCCGCAAGCUGGAGGAGGAGCAUCAGCGCUGCGAGCAGAUCAUGGCCCAGAACAGUGCACUGCGUCAGCAGUUGGAGGAGUCCAAUCGCACCAACGAGGCUCUGACCAACGACCUGCAGAAGCUGACCAACGACUGGGCGGGUUUGCGCGAUGAGCUGCUAAUCAAGGAGGACGAAUUCAAGGAAGAGGAACAGGCCUUCAAGGACUACUAUAACAGCGAGCACAACCGCCUGCUUAAAAUGUGGCGGGAAGUGGUGGCGGUGAAGAGGUCCUUCAAGGAGAUGCAGACGGCCAUGAAGGCGGAGGUGGCCAAGAUGGGCCAGGAGAUCAACUGUGUGGGCAAGGACAUUAGCGGCUCCAAUGCGGCAGUUGCCUUUGCCCAUCAGCAGGCCAAGCGGGCGGCGGAUGAGGAGCUCAAGCAAUCCCAGCGCAGCAACGACGAGCUGCAGAACCAGCUGGCCACGUUGAAGGUGCAGUACGAGAGCGCCCGCCACGAGAUCAUGGAGCGCGAUCAGCGGCUGCUGGAGCUGAUGAAUCAGCUCAAGAAGCUGGAAGACCGCUGCGCGCAGGCGGAGUCUCAGGCCGCGCUGGCCAGCCGCUACAGCGACGAGAUCGAACGUCUUAACAAUUCCAUGCGCGAGAUUGCGCAGGCUGUUGUCCAAGACGCUGAGAUCGCAGAUCGCGAGGCAGACGCCGAGGUCACCGGCGGGGCCAUGCAGCACAUGCAUCUGUCGCGUGACGCCGCCGCUGGAGCAGGCUCGGCCAGCACAGCCGGUGGUGGUGGUGGUAAAUCCCCGCGUCGCAAUUCGACUCGCGCCUCACAGGCUUUCGCCGAGGGCACCAUCUCAGCCGUGCAGGCGGCACUCCACAAGUACCAGCUGGCCCUCCACGACAUGCAGGUGAAGUUCCAGCACUCCAGUGAGACGUUGCGCACCACCAAGGCGCAGCUGGACACCAGCGAGGGUACCAAACAGCUGCUGACCACCAAGAUGCAGCAGCUCACCGAGAAGCUGGACGCCAGCAACUCGAAGCUGUCGGAGCUGCUGCAGGAGCGAGAGAGUCUGCAGAGGGGCCUGGACGAUAUCCGCACCCAGAAGCAGCAGUCUGAGAUGGGACGUGCCGAUAUCAACAGUGCGUUUGAGAAUCUGAGCGGAGACUAUGAGAAGCUUCAGCUGCAGAAUGGAAAACUUCAGAAACGCAUCGAUUCCAUGGAGGAGGAUAAGAAGGCCGUGGAGCUGGAAAUCCAACGCAUUCUCAAGGACAAAAAUAUCACCGAACUUAACUUGAGAUCCGAGGAGGAUCGCAGCAGUCGCCUGAGGGAGGAGACCAUCUCCCUUCGCGAGGAGCUCAACCGGGUGAGCCUUAACCGAGAUCUGCUGGAACAGCAGCGCAUCGAGUCGGAUAACCUUAUCAAUCUGCUCGAGAAGCAAAAGUCCGAUUUGGAGUACGACCUGGAUAAGCUGCUCCUGGAGAAGUGCGAUCUGCAGGAGAAGCACGAGAAGCUGUCCAGCAACAGUUGCUCCACCACCGACGAGCUGAAGAGCGUUCAAGGCUGCCUGCAGGAGGUGCAGGAGGAGCGCAAGAAGCUGCGACUCCAGUCCGCCGAUCAGUGCAAUGAGAUCGGUGAGCUCAAGAAGGAGCUGGCGGUGCUGGACAAGGCAAGGCUUGAGCUGGAGACAGAUAACCUGUCUGCCGGCGAGAAACUCAAGUGCUUGCAGUUGGAGAAGGAGAAGAUACUGCAGGAUCUGGCCUGCGUCACCCGGGAUCGUGGCGACAUCCACAACCAGCUUACGGCCAUGUGUCGCAAGAAGGAAGCCUUGAACGAGGAGCUAAUGCGAACUCGCCAGCGCCUGGAGCAGACCACCGAGACGAACAACCGCCUGAACAGGAACCUCGAGGAGAUGGUCAAGGAUGUGGAGGAGAAGCAGGUGGUCAUAGAUCUGCACGAGAAGGAUACCCAUCGCCUAAACGAGCUAUUGGCUGCUCUGCGUUCGGAGAAGGAGUCCCUUGAGUCGGUGCUCUUCGACACUAACACCUCCCUGGAGGCCACCGAAGAGCGACGCAGCCAGUUGGAGCGCGACCUGCAAGAAGCCCUGGUGCGGGAGGAGUCCCUGAAGAACCACGUGGCCCGGCUGCAAAAGGAUCUUGAGCAGUGCCAGCGGAAGGCACAGGAAACUAAGACGCAUCUCAUCAACGCAGCCCGAGCCGUCGAGAGUGACUUCAACCAGAAGAUUGCCAAUCUCCAGACUGCUGCUGAGGAUGCGGCCAAGAGGCAUGGCGAGGAGGUGCUUCAGCUGAGGACUGCCCUCGAGAAGCGAAUGCAGCAAGCUCUGCAGGCCCUGCAAACGGCCAAGGACGAUGAGAUCGAGAAGUUGCAGGAGCGUCUGGCCACCUUACAGGCCCAUCUCGAGAGCCUCGUCCAGCAACACGAGGAGGCCCUUAUUCGAGCCGAGAGCGAGAAGCAGCAGGCCUUGCUAAUUGCGCACCGGGACAAGCAGGCUGUGGCCGAGCGCCUGGAGGCCGUGUCCAGAGAUCUAAAGACCGAGCAGGAGGCCCUCGACCGCAGCCGGCGAGAAGCCAAUGCCAGGGAUGAGAAACAGAGGGCGGGAAUCGCACAGCUAAAGGAUGAGAUCGUUCAGAUGCGAACCAAGGAGGAGGAGCACAGGAUUAAACUGGAGGAGUGCAUCCGCAAACAAGAACUGCAGCUGAGCAGCAUCCGGGAAGAGCGGGACACCCUCUGUCGGGUCAGCGAGGAGCUGAAGAUGGAGAUCCGGCUGAAGGAGGACAAGAUGGAGGGCACCAACAACGAGCUGCAGGACGCCUUGCGCAAAUCUAAGGAGGCUGAGGGUUUCAUCGACAGUCUACGUAAGGAGUUGACAGACAGCCGCCGGCAACUGGCGGACAGCAACAUUGAGCGGGAUAAGUACUCCGGCAGCAACAAGGAGUUGCGUGACCAUGUUAAGCGAGUGGAGAGCGCCAAGCGGGAACAGGCUCGCGCCAUCGAGGAGGCCCUGCAGAAGAUCAGCAAUCUGGAGGACUCGAAGAACUCGCUGGAGAACGAGCGCACUCGGCUGAGCACCAUACUUAAGGAGACAGAGAAUCACUUCACGAAGACCACCCAGGAGCUGAAUGCCACAAAGGCGCAGCUGCAAAAAGCCCAGGUGGAAUUCGCCCAGAAGGACGAGGGCGGCAAGGAGCUGCAGUGUAAGCUGGUCGCUGAAGUAGAGCUAAAGGAGAGGGCUCAGCAAGAGCUCUGCCAGAUCAAGAAGCAGCUGUCCGACUUGGAGGCUAAUCUCUGUGCCACGCGCCAAGAGUUGGGACGGGCUCGUUGCCAGAACAACCAGGAGGAGCACCGCUUCCAUGCCCGCGAGCAGGAAUUGGCCCAGCGCUUGGAAGAGGGUCGGGGCCGAGAAAAACGGCUGGAGGAUCAGAAGCAUAACCUGGAGGUCUGCCUGGCCGAUGCCACCCAGCAGAUACAGGAGUUGAAGGCCCGUCUGGGCGGAGCAGAAGGACGUAUCCGUGCUCUGGAUGAGCAGCUGUCCUGCGUGGAGCUCCACAAGCGGGACACGGAGCAGAAGCUCUCCUCGGUGGUGCACACUCUUCGAAGAAUUGCCGGUAUCCAGGUGGACGGUAGUGUGAAUCUGUCCCACCGCUUGCUAAGUCCCUCACGGAGGUUCAGUCCAUCCCGCAGCUGCGGAGACUACGAUGCAAGGAGCACUUCGCAGUGCCCCGAUGGACCCAUUGAUGUGGACCCAGACCUGGUGAGGAAAGGAGUCCGAAACCUCAUGCACCAGGUGGCUCAGCUGGAGCGGGAGAAGGACGACUACAAGUCCCAGCUGGGAGCAGCAAAGAAGCAGCUGCAAGAUGCCGCCGAGCAGCAAGUGAAGUGCGAUGCCAAGCUGGGCAAGCUGCAGGCUAUGUUGAGGAAUCUCCAGGAGGAAAAGAGCAACCUGGAAACGGACCGUAAGAUGAAGAUCUCUGCAAUACAAGCUCUGGAGGAAAAACUUAAGCACCGCAACGACGAGCUGAUGAUGCUACGGGAGCGCUUAGCACAAACGGAGAUGCAGUUGGCGGCAACCUCAGAGGAGAAUGCCCAGAAUGAGGAUCGUCUGGAGAAGAGCCGCCAGCAAUGCGCUAAGUUGGAGAACGAGAAGCGUCAGCUACAGGAAGAACUGGCCAAGGUAGAGGGCAGGGCUAGUAAACUCGAUCUCCAGCGAGUGGCCAUGGAGGGUGACCUUACACGCCUUCAAAUGGCGCUUCAGGAGAAAGACUGUAGCAUCCGUCAGAUGGCCGAGCGACUGGAGAACCAGAAUAGAGCCAUGACCCAACUGGAAGAUCGCUGCACUGCCCUUAAGUCCACCGUGGAUCAACUGAAGGAGCGGCUCCAAAAGGCCGCCGUGAGCGAGACCCAGCUGAGGGGCGAACUGAAGACACUGCAAAAGGAGCUCUCCGAGCAGGGUCACUGCGCUCAGGCCAACGAGGACAAGGUAAAACUCUUGCAGAAGUCCCUGCAGACCACCGAGAACGAGAAGCGUAUCCUGACCGAGCGCCUGGACAGCGCCCAAACCAAUCUCAACGAGCUGCGUCGCAGCCAGCAAGCCCAACUGGAUGGCAACCAGAGGCUGCAGGAGCAGGUUACCGAUUUGGAAGUGCAACGCUCUGCACUGGAGUCCCAGCUACGCAUCGCCAAGUGGAACCAGGAGAGCGGCGGCGACAAGCCGCUGACCAACGGGAAUGGAGGCGGGGGCGAAGAGGAGCUCAGCAGGCAGCUGAAGUCCACGCAAAGGGAGCGAUCAGAGCUAAGGAGCAAGUUGCAGACAUUGCAGGACAAGGUCAAGCAGCUGGAGUCCGAGCGAAAGAGUAAGUUUUCCGGCGGAAACGCGUACGAUCGGGCUGAGAAGAACAACUCCUAUUACGGAGGAGGGGCUGAUUCCGGGGAAUUCGAUUCCAAUCGAUACGAUGGAGGCAAUGGGGGCACCGGUGGAGGAGGCUCCUUCAACUGUGGCCUGGAUCACAGUGUGAUCGAGCAGGAGACACGGGAUCUUCGGCUAAAAGUGCGACGCCUGGAGACGCUACUAGCGGAGAAGGAGUCGGAGUUGGCACGUUGCAAGGCGCGCAUGAAUGACAGCAGCAAAUGUGUGGAUGGCAUGGACUCGGAUCGCUACCGCAGUGCCCAAAUGCACGCAGAGAAACUGCUCGACGCCAGGGAGCAGUCGCACCGACAACAGGUUCUCCGGCUGGAAAAUCAGAUUUCCAUGCUGCGCGAGCAGUUGGCGCAGGAGGCUAAGAGGCGACAGCAGUAUAUACUGCGUAGCUCGAAGGCCAAUCGAGAGAUGCAGCACCUGAGGAGUACUCUGGGUGAUUCCCUGAGGAACGUGUCCCAGCAUCCGGUGGAUGCCCAUCUCCUGGAGAGUGAGAGCCGGCGCCUUGACUCGGCUGUCUCGAUGAGUUUGCCGCCAUCAAGCUGCAGGGACUACGAUCGCGACUAGAGAGAGCUAUGUGAAAUUUGAGAUUUUGUUUAAACUUGAUCCCGCCAAGAAGAAGACGUAA